AUGGCUGACGAAAAAAAGGACAACUGGUCCACAGAGCACUCAGCCGCCUUCGUGCCCAAGCUCGCGACCAAGGUAGUGCAAUGGCUCGACGUUCAAAAGGACGACGUCAUUCUCGACAUUGGCUGCGGUGACGGCGUGCUCAACAUUGAGUUCGCCAAGGUCCUCUCGCAGGGACAAGGCGCCGUGCACGGCAUCGACGCCUCGCCGUCCAUGAUCUCGGCCGCUGCCAGGGCUGCCGAGGCGGCGCCGGGCGGAGACAGGUGCACGUUCGAGGGUGCGUUACAUGUUCCAUCUCGUGACCGCCCCUGCAUCAGCGUACUGACAAGGUGGUACACCAAGGCCUUCUCCAACGCGGCGAUGCACUGGAUCCUCAAGCCGGACACGGCGAGCACGUUCUUUGCGCGCGUGAGAGAGGUGCUCCCCUCGGGCGCGACGUUUGCUUUUGAGAUGGGCGGCCUGGGCAACGUGUCCGAGAUGAGGACGGCGCUUGUGCUCGCCGCCGGACGGGUCAUUGGCCUUGACAAGGCCAAGGCGGCGGACCCGUGGUUCUUCCCUGAUGAGAAGUGGCUGGCGAGGACGAUGGAGGAGGAAGCGGGGGGGUGGAAGAUUGAUAAGGUGGAGAGAGAAUGGCGACCGACGGCGGCAGGCGAGGGCGGCGUCGAGGGCUGGGUGCGGUUGAUGGGCAAGGCCUUUUUGGAUGCCGUCGAGAAGGAGAAGGGAGCUGAUGCUGUUGAAGGGGUUGUGAGGGAGGCGAGUGACGUGUUGAAAUAUGUCAGCCAGGAUGGCAGCGGUGGAGAGAUGAUUUCCUAUGUGCGGUUGAGAUGCUUGGCCAGGAAGGUGUGA